AUGCUCCGACCAUUGCGACGCGCCUGGCCGUGCCGGCUAAAGCACACGCUUGCGCAGCCCGACCCGGUCCACAUCGAGGAGACGGAGGACGACUUUAGCAAUGUCACCGGCGAGCUGCACCGGCGGCGGAAAAAGAUGGAGGUCAAGCGGGGGCGCCAGGGCGGAGACUUUGUCGACUUUCUCAAGGUCACUGGCGGAGCUGGAACAGCGGCGUUCCUGCCGACGAAGCGCGGCCUCGGACCGCCGUCUGGCGGCAACGGCGGGCCCGGCGGCGCAGUCUACCUCACGACGAAUCCGCACCUGUCGUCGCUGUCGUCAGUGUCGAAGCGGCUGAUCGGCGGGCAGGGCGGUAACGGUGCGGGCAACCUGAAGCACGGGCGGAGAGGCGAGGACGUCGUCGUCACCGUUCCCGUCGGCACGGUGAUCCGCGAGGUGCGGCGAGAGGGCGAGGCCGAGAAGGUCGGCCGCGAGUACGACGACCUGAACCUCCCGCGCGAGGAGCGACACAAGCGGACACGCGAGCGAUGGCUGGGAGGCGGAGACGCUGCUGCGGCGAGCGGGACGGUGGUCGCGGACGACGCCGGGAUUCGACGUCGAGCCGCCGGCGAGCCCAUCACCGAGCCGAUCCUCCUCGCGCGCGGAGGUGUCGGCGGCUUCGGCAACCCCCACUUCGUCACUCUGGCAACUAGACACCCCCGACUCGCGAGCCGCGGUGUGCUGCCGCCAACGCGGACAUUCGAGUUUGAGCUCAAGCUGCUCGCCGACGUCGGCCUCGUCGGCCUCCCGAACGCGGGCAAGAGCACGCUCCUCCGCCAGCUGACUGGCCGCCGCGCCGAGGUGGCAAACUACGCCUUCACGACGCUGCACCCGCAGAUCGGUGUCGUGCGCGUGCUCGAGGACGGGACGUGGGCUGCGGCGAUGCAGAACCCCGUCGAGGACACGGAGGAGGAGCGUGCAGCCGAUGAGGCGGCGCGCCAGCGGGGCGACUACCAGCCCCUCCCCCGUGCGGCGAAGCGCGACGUCCCCGAGAAGACCCGCUUCACGAUCUCGGACAAUCCCGGUCUGCUCGCGCGUGCCUCGGAGAACGUGGGCCUCGGCCACUCGUUCCUCCGCUCCAUCGAGCGUUCGCUCGCCCUCGCGUACGUGCUCGACGCGCGCCGGCCCGACCCCGUUGCCGACAUGCAGACGCUCCACACCGAGCUCGAAGCGUACAAGGAGGGUCUGUCGGAGCGCAUCCGCAUCGUGGCUCUCAACAAGACGGACGAGCUGCCCGAGGACGAGGUCAAGGACAAGGUCGAGGCGCUGAAGAAGGCCGCCGACGCCGAGGUCCUCGUCAUCAGCGCCAAGUACGGCACCGGCCUCGACCGCCUUGUGCACCUUCUUGCAGACGCUGUUGACGCGGCUAGGCCGAAGAAGGCGCCGCCGCCGCCCGCGCCGGAGCCCGAGCCCGAGCCGAUAGAGAAGGUAGAGGAUCUCAUUUAA